AUGCAGCAUGUGAGGCACCUCGAGGAAUGUAUCAAGCGCUGUCAAGAUGGCAUGGAUGAAAUCGACGCUGUGGUGGAUGAAUUUGGAAAAUGCAUCGUGGACGACGAGAAGGUGCUGCACUUGUGGCAAUCUAUUGAGAGAAGCGAGGUUGAGUUGUUACAUGCACUGGCAGUCUGUGAUACAUCUGUUCACAGCAGUUACUUUCGGGUCAUGUACCUUCUUUCCCAUGGGGACGAGGUAUUGGCACAGAUGCAACUUGCAAAAGAGCGACUUCUCAGGUGUUUUCGUUUUAUAGCGGCAAAACGAGACAGAGGAGUGAUGGCUGCGACAGCGCCUACGGAUGGCAUGGAUGCGACCGGGUCAGCGGCUGUUGACUAUCUUGUGAGGGAGGCAGCAACGAUUCUCAGUGAGCUGAGAGACCGUGGUCAACACCUUGUUGACAACGCUGUGCUAAUUCAAAAGAAAUUAGUUUAUUCUUUGCGAGGAGAAGGUGAUGUCAUGAUGGAACUCCAUCAACAAGACGAAGAUCAAUCGGGAGGAAUGAAACUUGAAUAUCCGCUCCAUAUAUUUCCAUCAUUUCCGGAGGACGCGGAAAAGGAGAAAAAUGGAAUUGCGGUUCUCUCAAAGUUGAAGGAGGAUCAUGGCAUUGAAUCGUGGACUCCAUGGGAAGAAUCGAACGCCAUUUGGACCGACUUGCAGCUAAUGAAAAUGUCCCUUCGUAAUGCUUUUUCCGCGGCUGCAUGCAAACACUAUUUUGUGGCUGCCUAUGAUUUUGCAUUAGUGAUGAAGCUGCUUGCCACAAAAUGCUGCACCGUGGAGGAGUUGCUGAUGACAGUUUUGUCGCUGGAAUACCGCAGGGAAGGAGAUUCUUCACUGUCGCACUUUAUAAAGACCUCCGAACUGACUGAAAGGGCGACAUCACCUUGGGCUGCCUCGAUAUUGUCUAAAAUGCAUCCUAAUGUACUGUCCAAAGAGUUUUUUCUUGCACGUGGCAAUCCGAUGCCGCCAUACUUCAUUUCCCUCACAUUUGUCUCGUUGGUGUGGAACACCGCUUUUUGUUUGUGGCAGAAGGGAUGCGUGAAAGAGGCACAUCAGUGGCUGUGUGAGAUUGACUUGGAGCGUCUUUUUAUCCUUGCGGGUGCAACGGAGAAGGGGACUGAAAAAGAAGGCGUUAAUGGCGUGUGCGGUUUAAUGACGCGGCAUCGUUUCACGGAAUACGGCGAAAGGAUUUCAUUGGAAACACACGUGGGCCGAUCCGACCCUUUUGAAUCAGCACACGUAGAUGAGGGCGGCAAGUUAAAAGGGCCUCGGGGAGAGUAUCAAGAGUCGGCACGUCUUUAUCCGCUUCUGUGCCGCAUUGUCUGUUUGCGCAAUUUGUGUGCUGUGUUACUUCUUUGCACCACGCCGCAGGAUGUCUUGUUUCUUCUUUUACACUUUCACAGUGCCCUUCAGUGGCAGGCGCAGUGUGUGUUGCCUCAAAGCGACUGUGUAAACUGGGAAGAGCGUGAAUUCAAAAGAGGGCAGCCUCAUACAGAUGCCACGGCUGAGGUAUUAACGGUGGCGAUGCUUGUUGUUGAGUACUAUCUUACCCAACGUGUGAUUGUAACCGUGGAGUCGUCCGUAUCGUCAGGGUCCCCCUCGCCCAUGGAAGUUGAGAUGGCAGUGCACCAGGUGUGCGAUGAGCUAAUCUGCUUUCUUAGUUCUGCGAAACUGUCAGGCGUGGAAGAAUUGGAACAGCAUGGAUUUCCACCCGCUUGGCAUGUUCGGUAUGAUGACGAAAGUAAUGUAAGAAAUGAUGACUCCGACAGUUCCGUGGGACCUUCGUGGCUCACGGUGCAAGUUAUUGGCAUGACGCAAGCAUUUGCCUCGGGAUUUCGCAGCAGCAAUUUUUAUCGGCGCGCUUUUGCAGCCGGAGAAACAAACGCGAUACAUCGAGGGGCGGUAGGGGAUGGGAUGAAGCCAGUAGAGAAGCGUUCGACAUGGUCAAGUUCUUUUGCAAAUAGAAUGCAGAAUACGGCUCGAUUCAUUAUGAAAAGUGUGGGUGGCUCAUGGGAGGGGGGUGAAGAUACCGAAGCCGCUAGAAAAUCUUCUUUUUUGAGCAGCGAACUGCGUGCAAUUCUUUUGUUACCACAAUGUUUUGAGGUAAAGGAAUAUUUACGGGCGGAAAAAGGGCCAGGUGAUCUUUGCUUUCCGUCCUUGCAUGGGGUUGGGCUUCCGUUAUUACCGGAAGAAGAGUUGGUUGAUGGCUCCUGCAAGAGUUCGGAAGAUUUGGAAUGGCGGUUAUUGGUUAUUGCCUGCCGAUAUAGCAAAUCCCAGUCAUUAGUUUCAUUGGUGCCGCAUAGCAGCACUGAUGACAGUGACGGACUUCUUGACAUUGUUAUCCCAGAGCUCAACAAUUCUGCGAGGAUGCUAAUGAGUGAGCUCAAGGUCCAUGCCGGGGACGAGUGGCUGCCUGUAUGGAAACAUGAGAGGAGCCUGAGUGCGGGUCGUGUCCGUACCUCUAAGCUUUUGGCAGCAUUGGAGCGAGGGACGUUCAUGUCCGUGGUGCGGGAUAAUCCGCGGCGUGACGGUGCAGAUAUUGGGCACCAUGGGGAGAGGGCCGCACAUCCUGAGAAGGAAUUUUUGCAUGACACCAUUUUUACUAGGAACUCAAUUCCACCAGCUGCCGAUGUCAUGAAAAACAAUGAAAAUGUCGCGGAGGAACACAAGGGCGAAGCGGAGGGGUCGGCUGCUCGGUUGUGGGAUUCUCCAGUCUCAACGUAUACACCGCCCAUUCAUUUUGAUUUUUCAGCCUUUACUUCGGGUUCUGCAGAGGCACUGCAGGCAACACGGCAAAUUGUGGAUGAUCUGCUACGCGGACAAGAGGCAGCAGAAAACGCCGCUGCUAAUGGCGAAGAGAUGACAGCUGAGAGUAAUACCCACUGCAUGAGUGUCCUCACACCCAAUUCACGACAACUUCUUCACGAGGAGUUGCCGAGUAUAUGGCAGUUCAUGCCCUGGAGACUUAUUUACAGCAGUCGUCAUCAUGGAUUUAGCUUCAACGCUAUGCUGUCGUGCAGUCAACGAGAAGCCGAUGCGUCACGGGAGCAUGGAAGAAUAUCGCCUAUGCUUCUUGUAAUUGAACUUAUGACAACAAACCGGAGGGCAUCAACAAGUGACGAGGAUGGGCCGACAAAACUUGUGAUUGGUGCAUGUUUAUCAGAACCUUUACACACAGGGACGCGCCGGUUUUACGGUAACAGUGGGACAUUUGUUUUUCAGUUACUACUAUCAUCAGCCGCCUCCCAAUCGGCGUCACCACAAUUACGUAUAUAUCGAGCCACAGGAAGGAAUCAACAGUUUAUCAACACCAUGUCACAUAGUCUUGCAAUUGGAGGCGGCGGUGGUUGCAGUAUUUUCUUCAACGACACAAUAACGCAUGGUUCCACUGCAGCAUGUGCCACGUUUGACGCCCCGCCACUUACACAUUGGAGCACCUCGUCAUCUUUUCUGUCGUGGUCCUCCGAUGUUGCAGCAGAAGGAGCAACGAAGGACGAUUCGACAUUGAGCUACGCCUUUGAUGUUUGCUCACUAGAGCUACUUGUGAUUGGAGAUUAA